CAAAUUUGUGCGUGCUUGUGUCUGUACUAAUUAUAUAAAUACCCACUUAUAACUUCUUAUCCUAACUCAAAGAAGAACAUAACAAAGAGUAACCCACCCACACAUAUACAUAUAAUUUUCAUCAGAAACUUCAAACAAAACAGAAACCAUAAACCUAUCGAUCGAUGGACAUGGAGACGAAGAAACCAUACAUGGUGGUGACUAUAAUACAACUCAUAUAUGCAAUCAUGUUUUUGAUCUCCAAGGCUGUCUUCAAUGGCGGAAUGAACACUUUCGUCUUCGUUUUCUAUCGUCAAGCUUUCGCUACCAUCUUCUUGGCCCCUCUUGCUUUCUUCUUCGAGCGUGUGACAUUGAGCUUGGACUUGAACGGAAUCGCAUUAUCAUAUACGUCGGCCACUUUGGCCGCCGCCACGACAGCUUCCCUUCCGGCCAUCACAUUCUUCUUGGCUCUCUUUCUUGGAAUGGAGACGCUCAAGGUUAAGAGCAUACAAGGAACAGCGAAGCUUGUGGGGAUAACUGUGUGCAUGGGAGGGGUGAUUACCUUAGCUCUUUACAAAGGUCCACUGUUGAAAUUACCGUUAUGCCCUCACCUCUAUCAUCACCAGAAUAUACCAGGCCACAUCUCCGGAGGUCCCACCUCCUGGCUCAAAGGAUGUGUCCUCAUGGUCACCUCCAACAUUCUAUGGGGUCUCUGGCUCGUUUUGCAGGGUCGUGUGUUAAAAGUUUACCCUUCGAAGCUAUACUUCACAACACUUCAUUGUCUACUGAGUUCGAUUCAAUCCUUCGUCAUCGCUAUUGCAUUCGAGAGAGACAUUUCAGCAUGGAAGCUUGGUUGGAACCUACGACUCGUUGCAGUCAUUUACUGCGGAUUCAUUGUAACCGGCGUAGCAUAUUAUUUGCAAUCGUGGGUUAUAGAAAAGAGAGGACCCGUUUUCUUAUCGAUGUUCACUCCUUUGUCUCUCCUCUUCACUCUCCUUUCUUCGGCGGUUCUACUUUGCGAGAUCAUCAGUCUUGGAAGUAUUGUAGGUGGAUUAUUAUUGAUCAUAGGACUCUAUUGUGUGCUGUGGGGGAAAAGUAGAGAGGAGAAAAACGGUGGUGAUGAAAAGAUUGAUCCACAGAAGGAAAACGAUGUCGUUUGCAACGAAGUGAAGGUUGUCAUUAGUUGAAUGAAUGUGUUAAUUUUGUAUUAUACAUAUGUGCUACAGUCUAGGCUUAUUAUAAUAUGUGUGACUAAAUCAUUCUCAUAGUAGAGUCUAGAAUAAUUUUGCUUUAAAUUUCUGUCCCAUUUUAACUACUUUUACACGUAUUAUCUACUUUUUCUUAGGGUUAUUUUAUUUUUUAUUUUAACUUUUUCAUAGGUUUUGUUUUAAAGCAAAAGAAAGAAACAAAGUUACAAUAUGUAAAAUAUUGGUCAUAAACUUUUGCGUAUGAAAUGACUAGUUCCG